UGUCUGAUCCUCCCAAGCUCACACAGAUCGAUCACAAGGUGCAGCACUGGUCGAUUUGCAGUAACAAGUAGCGAUCUCCGGACAUGGCGAGUGUAUUAUUAGGAGUCGUAGGACUCGUGUGCAUGGCUCUCAUGGCUGAGGCCGCGCGCGCAACACAGUUCCCGGUAGGCUGGCGCGUCCCGGACGCAGGCGCCGAGCCGUACAACGCGUGGGCCGGGCGGAUGUGUUUCCGGACCGUGUUCCAGUACCCCAAGGAGACGGACUCGGUCCUCCUGGUGGAUCAGGCCGCCUACAACGUCUGCAACACCACCACCUACGUGGCCAAGUUCGAGGGCGGCUGCACGCUCUUCACGCUCGACCGCCCGGGAUCAUUCUUCUUCAUCACCGGCAACCAGGCACACUGCAUGGCCAACCAGAAGCUCAUAGUCGUUGUCCACCCAGCCGACCACACCCCCAUGCCGCCUCCUUCCAUGUCGCCUCCGCCAUCUCCGCCAGGUUCACCUCCAGGCGCUACUCCGCCUCCAUCGCCGUCUUCUUCACCAGGCACCCCGGGAGCUCCACCCUCGCCGUCGUCUUCUUCACCGGGCAUCCCGGGAGCUCCACCCUCGCCGCCGUCUUCUUCACCGGGUACACCCCAAGCUCCAGCCUCACCGCCGUCUUCUUCACCGGGUACCCCCCAAGCUCCACCCUCGCCGCCGUCUUCUUCACCGGGUACCCCCCAAGCUCCAGCCUCACCGCCGUCUUCUUCACCGAGUACCCCAACCUCACCCCCGUCUUCUUCACCGGGUGCACCCCAAGCUCCAGCCUCACCGCCGUCUUCUUCACCGGGUACACCCCAAGCUCCAGCCUCACCGCCGUCUUCUUCACCGGGUACCCCCCAAGCUCCAGCCUCACCGCCGUCUUCUUCGCCGGGUACCCCCCAAGCUCCAACCUCACCGCCGUCUUCUUCGCCGGGUGCACCCCAAGCUCCAGCCUCACCGCCGUCUUCUUCACCGGGUACCCCAACAACUCCAGGCUCACCGCCUUCCUCUUCCCCUGGUACACCUGGAAGCGUGCCGCAGCCACCGCCUGACACGACCAGCCCACCAGGUGCAGAAGGGCCGCCUGGUACACCUGGAAGCGUGCCCCAGCCACCGUCCGACACGACCAGCCCACCAGGUGCAGAUGGGGCAAGCUCAACUACGCCAAGCAGCGGUGUCCCUCAGGCGACGGCAGGCGUAAUAAGCACGCUUGCAACGGCCUUUGGGUACGCCAUGCUGGCUAUCUAAGUGAUCUAUUGUGUAGUGUAAACUAUAACUAUGUACCCGCGCGUUGCGGUGGAAUUCUUCUUAAGAACUCGCUUGUGUGAAUAAACCUGUAUAAGAGGCAUGAAACACGACAAUGCCUACAGAAAUAUUUGUCAAGAGGCGAAAUUUAAUACAUGUGAAAUGUGGUGUUUGGAUGCACAUAA